AAUUUAAUGUACAACAGAGUACGGCGGUGAAUAUCAUAGUAGGGUCUCAUGUUUGGGUUGAAGAUCCCAACAAUGCAUGGAUUGAGGGGGAGGUCACAAAGAUUACCGGGCAAGAAGCUGAGAUCGAGACUCAUGACCUUAAAAAGGUUGUUGCUAAGUUAUCCAAAGUAUAUCCUAAGGAUAUGGAGGCUCCAGCUGGUGGUGUUGAUGAUAUGACGAAACUAUCUUAUUUGCAUGAGCCAGGAGUCUUACAGAACUUAAGAAUCAGAUACGAGCUCAAUGAAAUUUAUACUUACACUGGAAAUAUUCUAAUUGCUAUAAACCCGUUUCAAAAGCUGCCUCAUUUGUAUGACGGCCAUAUGAUGGAUGAAUACAAGGGAGCGCCUUUUGGAGAACUGAGUCCUCAUGUAUUUGCAGUUGCAGAUGUCUCUUACAGGGCUAUGAUCAAAGAGGGAAAAAGCAAUUCGAUUUUGGUUAGUGGUGAAAGUGGAGCAGGUAAAACUGAAACAACCAAAAUGCUUAUGCGAUACCUUGCUUAUUUGGGUGGCCGGAAAGCUACUGAAGGUCGCACUGUUGAGCAACAAGUUCUCGAAUCAAAUCCAGUUCUCGAAGCAUUUGGCAAUGCUAAAACUGUUAGAAAUAACAAUUCCAGCCGUUUUGGAAAAUUUGUUGAGAUCCAAUUUGAUAAGCAUGGAAGAAUAUCAGGAGCAGCCAUCAGGACUUAUCUCUUAGAAAGGUCUCGUGUUUGCCAAAUAAAUGAUCCCGAGCGCAACUAUCAUUGUUUUUACCUUCUAUGUGCAGCACCACAGGAGGAAAUUGAGAAGUACAAAUUGGGAAGCCCAAAAUCUUUUCACUAUUUGAACCAGUCAAAAUGCUAUGAACUGGCUGAUGUUAAUGAUGCCCAUGAAUAUCUUGCCACAAGGAGAGCUAUGGAUAUUGUUGGAAUAAGCAAGGAAGAACAGGAAGCAAUUUUUAGAGUUACUGCUGCGAUUCUUCAUCUUGGAAAUAUUGAAUUCACCAAAGGGAAAGAGGUCGAUUCUUCAGUUCUGAAAGACGAUAGAGCUAAAUUUCAUCUAAAGAUGACUGCAGAACUUCUUAGGUGUGAUUCUGUGGGUCUGGAAGAUGCAUUGUGUAAACGAGUGAUGAUCACUCCAGAAGAAAUUAUAAGAAGAAGUCUCGAUCCUCUUAGUGCAGCAGUCAGCAGGGAUGGGUUGGCUAAAACAAUAUAUUCCAGAUUAUUUGAUUGGCUCGUGGAAAAGAUUAAUGUCUCAAUUGGACAAGACCGUACCUCAAAGAAUCUGAUCGGGGUUCUUGAUAUCUACGGUUUUGAAAGCUUCAAGCAUAACAGCUUUGAGCAAUUUUGCAUUAACUUCACAAAUGAGAAACUGCAGCAGCACUUUAAUCAGCAUGUAUUUAAAAUGGAGCAAGAAGAAUAUACGAAAGAGGCAAUAGAUUGGAGCUACAUUGAGUUUGUCGAUAACCAAGAUGUUUUAGAUCUCAUUGAAAAGAAACCUGGCGGAAUCAUUGCCCUCCUUGAUGAAGCUUGUAUGUUCCCGAAGUCUACACACGAAACAUUUUCAAACAAGCUUUAUCAGACCUUCAAAAAUCACAAACGCUUUGUCAAGCCCAAGCUGUCACGAACAGAUUUUACAAUUGCACAUUAUGCCGGAGAGGUCCAAUACAGAUCUAAUCAAUUUCUUGACAAAAAUAAAGACUAUGUGGUCCCUGAACACCAAGACCUGUUGGGUGAUUCUAGAUGCUCCUUCGUUGCUGGCCUCUUCCCUCCAAUUGCUGAAGAGUCUCCCAAAUCUUCCAAGUUUUCUUCAAUUGGGUCUCGUUUUAAGUUACAAUUGCAACAACUCAUGGAGACACUAAAUGCAACAGAACCUCACUAUAUUAGAUGUGUAAAACCAAAUAACCAACUGAAACCUGCCAUAUUUGAGAAUGCCAACAUCUUGCAACAAUUGCGGUGUGGUGGUGUUUUAGAGGCAAUCAGAAUUAGCUGUGCUGGUUAUCCUACACGUCGUCCUUUCUUUGAGUUUGUAAACAGAUUUGGACUUCUUGCCCCUGAAGUCUUAACAGGCAGCUAUGAUGACAAGGUUGCCUGUGCGAAGAUUCUAGAAAAGAAGGGAAUCAAAGGCUUUCAGAUUGGUAAAACAAAGGUUUUCCUGAGGGCUGGACAAAUGGCAGAACUGGAUGCGAGGAGAACAGAAGUCCUUAGCAGCGCAGCACAAACUAUUCAAAGGCGGAUACGGACUCACAUUUUUCACAAACGGUUCAUUGCGAUUCGGAAGUCUUCAGUUAUCAUACAAUCGUUUUGCAGAGGUAGAUUGGCUUGCAAAACUUUUGAAAAACUACGAAAGAUUACAGCUGCUAUAAAGAUCCAGAAGAACGUGCGUAAAUAUCAUGCUUCUAAAGCCUACAGAAGGCUCCGCGAGUCGGCACUUAAAGUUCAAAUGGACGUACGUGCUAUGAAGGCACGUAAGGAAUUCAAAUUACAGAAACAAACUAAAGCCGCAAUCAAAAUUCAGGCUCAAUGGCAUUGUCAUAGAUGUUCUUCCCGCUAUAAAAGGCUAAAGAAAGGAGCCGUAUUUACACAGUGCAGAAUGAGGGGUAAAAUGGCAAGGAGAGAGUUAUGCAAACGGAAAAUGGCUGCGCGGGAAACAGGUGCACUUAAGGAAGCAAAAGAUAAACUCGAGAAGCAGUUGGAAGAUCUAACAUGGCGUUUACAGUUGGAAAAACGCUUAAGGACUGACUUGGAAGAAGCAAAAACGAAUGAGGCUCAAAAAUUUCAAAAGUCUUUGGAAGCUUUGCAAAAAAAGCUUGAUGAGGCUAAUGCAACGAUUGUCCAGGAAAAAGAGGCAGCCAGGAAAGCUAUCAAAGAAGCACCUCCUGUUAUUCAGGAAAAAGAAGUAAUCAUUGAAGAUACUAAAAAGGUUGAAUCGUUGACUGCAGAGGUCGAAAAUUUGAAGGCGUUGUUGGAGUCAGAAAAGCAGCACUCUUCCGAUUUAGAGAAGAAAUAUGCUGAAUCACAAGAGUGUAGCGAAGAAAGACGGAAAAAGUUAGAAGAUUCGGAAAUUAAAGCUCAGCAAUUACAAGAUUCUCUUACCAGGCUGGAAGAUGAGCUCCAAAAUUUGGAAUCCGAAAAUAAGGUCUUCCGCCAACAAGCUGUGUCUAUGACACCUAAUAAGUUUCUUUUACGUUCCAAAUCCAUCCUUCAGGUACUCUUAAAGAUACCAUACUCAUUAAAUGUGGCAUGUAAUACCCUGAGGUUGUUUGAUGAUCUUUCAGAACUGGAUGACAAACCACAAAAAUCACUUAACGAGAAACAGAUAGAGAAUCAGGAGUUGCUUAUCAAAUGUAUCGCACAGCAUGUAGGAUUUUCAGGGAAUAGACCGGUUGCAGCCUGUACCAUAUACAAAUGCCUUCUUCAAUGGAGAUCUUUUGAAGUUGAGCGGACAACUGUUUUUGAUCGCAUCAUCCAGACCAUAGGUCAUGCAAUCGAGGAUAACAAUGAUAUAUUGGCCUAUUGGUUGUCAAAUGCCUCCACUCUAUUGCUUCUUCUCCAGCGCACUCUCAAAGCAAGUGGCGCCACGGCUGGAUUGGGCCCACAACGUCGUCGAUCAUCGGCUACUCUUUUUGGGAGGAUGAAUACUAGUUUCCGUGGAGCUCCUCAAGGAGUGAAUCUUUCCCUUCUCAAUGGAAAUUUGAGUGCACUGGAUGCUGUUAGCCAAGUGGAAGCCAAGUAUCCCGCUUUGCUUUUUAAGCAACAACUUACGGCAUAUGUUGAAAAAAUAUAUGGAAUGAUUCGAGAUAAUCUGAAGAAAGAGAUAUCUCCGUUGCUUGGGCUGUGUAUUCAGGCACCAAGAACUUCAAGGGCAAGCUUAGUAAAGGGGGCAUCACGAACAGUUAAUAAUGCAGCUCAACAAGCUUUGAUUGCUCACUGGCAAGGGAUCGUGAAGAGCCUUGGAGAUUUCUUGAACACGUUAAAAAAAAAUCAUGUACCUCCAUUUUUGGUCCGAAAAAUUUUUACACAGAUAUUUUCGUUCAUCAAUGUUCAACUGUUUAAUAGUCUUCUUUUGAGACGUGAAUGCUGUUCAUUCAGCAACGGGGAAUAUGUUAAAGCAGGACUUGCUGAGUUAAAAGACUGGUGUUACAAUGCAACAGAUGAGUAUGCAGGUUCGGCUUGGGAUGAGCUUAAACAUAUAAGACAGGCUAUAGGGUUUCUGGUUAUACAUCAAAAGCCGAAGAAAACCCUGGAAGAAAUCAGUCGUGGUCUUUGUCCCGUUCUUAGUGUACAACAGCUAUACCGAAUCAGUACGAUGUACUGGGAUGACAAAUACGGCACGCAUAGUGUCUCCCCAGAUGUUAUAUCUAGCAUGAGGGUGAUGAUGACUGAAGAAAACAACGCAAUAAGCAAUUCGUUCCUGUUGGAUGAUGAUUCCAGCAUUCCAUUUUCAGUUGAUGACAUAUCAAAGUCAAUGGAACAGAUAGAGAUCUCAGACGUCGAGCCUCCACCUUUAAUUCGUGACAACUCGGGAUUUAGUUUUUUGUUGCCACGGGCCGACUAA